AUUUCUUACAAAUUAAACAUGAUUAAAAUAAGAAAGUCGGUAAUGCGUAAAUUAAGCGCAUUAUCAGAAAUUCGAUAAAUUCGUAAGCGAAGUACACAUCUGUGUACGCAUACAUAUAUGUAUGUAUGUUGUAUCUAUAAGCAGUACAAGCAUUUCUCCCAUCAGUCCAUCAUUUUCAAAUGUGUGCGUCAUCAGCUGAUCUGUUUGCGCAAAGCGUAGUGGGACAAAUAACACUUGAUAUAACAUGAAUAUAACGCUUAGGAGUUUUUUAGUCGUCGUGCUGAGUAUUUUCUUCGCGAGAUCUCCAAAUUGUGAAGUUAAUUAUAAACUAUAAAUUGGAGUAUACGGAUUUUAAUGAAAUUGAAAGUCCGACCAACAAAAGGACCUGAUACAAUGCGCUUGGGUUUCAUUAUCUUAUCAAUUUCAUUGCAUUCUAUUUUGAAUGUGAAUUCGUGGCAUUUUAAAAACAAGCAAUUAUCUCCCGUUAUACUUAUUCCAGGCGAUGGCGGCAGCCAAGUUGAAGCAAAACUCAACAAAACAUCAGUGGUACACUAUUUAUGUGAAAAGAUUUCGACUGAAUACUUUAAUAUCUGGUUAAAUUUGGAAUUACUGGUGCCAGUUGUAAUAGAUUGUUGGAUUGAUAAUAUGAAAUUAAAUUAUGACAAUGUUACAAGAACGACCAAAAAUCAAGAUGGUGUUGAUAUACGUAUACCAGGUUGGGGUGAUCCUCUUGUUGUCGAAUAUUUAGAUCCAAGUAAAGCUUCUCCUGGAAGCUACUUCAAAGAUAUUGCUAACAUGUUGGUAGAUCAAAUUGGAUAUGUUAGGAAUAAUUCUUUACGUGGUGCACCUUAUGAUUUUAGAAAAGGACCCAACGAAAAUGAAGAAUUAUUUAAAAAAUUAAAAGAUUUAGUUGAAGAAACUUACAACAUGAAUAAACAAACACCAGUGACAUUAUUAGCGCACAGUAUGGGUGGACCAAUGACGCUUAUAUUCUUACAACGUCAGUCGCCGACGUGGAAAGACAAAUACAUAAAUUGCCUGAUCACACUCGCAGGCGUUUGGGGUGGUAGCGUUAAAGCUCUUAAAGUUUUCGCGAUCGGAGAUGAUUUAGGUGCAUAUCUCUUACGCCAAAGUACUCUGAAAGAUGAGCAAAUAACUAGUCCCAGCUUAGGAUGGUUAUUACCAUCGAAAUUAUUUUGGAAGGAUACCGAAGUAUUGGUGCAAACAGCAGAAAAAAAUUAUACAUUGUCUACGCUACGAGAUUAUCUAAUAGAUAUAAAUGUCCCAAAUGGCUGGGAAUUUAGAAAGGACAACGAAAAAUAUCAAUUAGACUUUACUGCUCCUGGAGUCGAGGUACACUGUUUGUAUGGAGCUGGUAUAGACACAGUACAAAGAUUAUAUUAUAAGCCUGGUACGUCGAUAGAAGGGAUACCUCAAUUAAUUCCUGGUGAUGGUGACGGUACUGUAAAUUUAAGAAGUUUAGAGGCUUGUAAAUAUUGGCAGGGUAAACAAAAACAGAAAGUUUAUUCUCAAGUCUUCCCUGGUCUGAAUCAUAUGGAUAUCCUUAAGAAUAAUAGUGUCUUAAAUUAUAUUCAAACAGUUCUAAAAGUAUGAUGUUAUCAUCUAGGCCAGAGGUGGGGAACGUACGUCCUCCUUGUACGUUUUCAAAUUUUAUUCAUAUUUUAAUAUAUAUAAUUACUUUCAAAUAAGAAACGAUUGCAAAUAUCCCACUAACUUAAAUUUUCCAUCAGAUUUUAAAAUUAUUUUCCGUAUC